AUGCGCCUCUUCCUCGUCCCGAUUUCGACAAGACGAGCUCUGAUCUAUUCCCAGCCAUUGAGCAAGAAUCUCGCGCAAAAGCUAUCGAUUACAGAUCGGAUUACCAACAAAGCUGCGGAGACAUGGGCCAAGUGGGAGGAAGCGGAUAAGGGUUGGAAGAAGCAUCUGGUGUCAUGGGGGAAUGUUGUCCAACGGCGCAUACCGUUUGAAGAAUGGGGUCUCAAAAGCAUCCCGUCGUUGAAUGCCCAACGCCGGCUCAAUCAGUCGGACGCAGAUAAGAAGGUGGACGUGCUGUUUCCGGGAAAUGCGAUUCGACGAGAGAAGCUUCGUCCGGUUCUGUAUGCCAUUGCAGUAGGGCGUCAGAACUUGCAUCGGAACAAGAUGUGGUGGAGCUUCAUCAUAGCUCCUCUGACGGCGCCCAUUGCGUUGCUUCCAGUGAUACCCAAUAUCCCGUUCUUUUAUCUCGUGUAUAGAGGAUGGUCCCACUGGCGAGCCUUGAACGGCUCUAAGUAUUUGGAGUUUCUUAUCAAGAAGGAUCUCUUGAAUCCAGUGCCAUAUCCCGCACUCGAAAAAUUAUACGCUGAGCGCGUCUCGGGUGUCCUCAAGACCACCCAUGCUGAGAAAUCAACCCCAGACGUUGUGGAAAAUAGCGACGACAAACUGCUACUUGAAAUGUCUGAUGCUAAGCAAUUGGCUUCGAUACUUGAUGCGCCAGAGCUUGCAUUGGAAGCAGAACGAGCGAUUGUGCAAGUCGAGCAGCAGCUGAAUGCACAGCAUGAGAAGCACGACGCCGACUCUUCUAAGAAGAAGUCCUGA